AUGAGUGAGACCCAAGGAAUCAUCGAAGAUCCUACCAAAAGGGAACCUACAACGGCCAUAAAAACCGCUGAGUCGGGGCCUUUUCAUGAUGGAGGAAGUAUAGGAGUCAUCUCAAGACCCACCAAGGAAGAAGCUGAAAUGGCCUUACAAAUCGCCGAGGCGGGGCCCAAUCACCAUGGUGGAAAUUUGAGUCACGACCCAUCAAUUCCCAAUCUCACUCAAUCACGAGGCCUACGGAAGAGGGAGCAUACCACGCUGUCGACCAGGAUCCACGACUGUAUCCGCCAACAUCGUCAAGGCAUUCGUCUCAGCAAGGGCCAAUUGAGCAUCUGGCGCAUCGAACUCGUACGACUGUUCGAUAGCACCAUGGAACUCCACGAAAAAUACGUGGAGACAGUUACCAAUCUGCCUGGUAAACGCCGAGCCGAGUGUGAACGCUGGGAAGUGCAGUUCACGACAGACCACCAAAGUGUACUGUCAGAAAUCGACCAACAUCUAGCAUCGCGGUCGAUUGCUUCAUCAUCACUUGCAUCGUCAGUCACUAUCAAUUCAACAGUGGCGAAAGCAAGUGUUAAAGAAAAUUCGACUGUAUCUGUAAGGAUCCAACAGCUCGAAACCCAAGCUCGCCACACUCAAGAUGUCCUAAACCGACAUGGGGAGCUUUUAUCAGACAUUGUAAAUGACAUCAAGAAGUCAUCUCUGCAAGCCAAACGGCAAAGUGAGUCGUUACACGCGAUCGAGCAAAUUCUACAAUCGAUCCACGAGGUAAAUGAAAAAUCUUUAGCAACUGCCGAAAAGAAGAUGGAUAUCCGACACAAGUCUGCGAUGGGUCAAAUGGUGGAAGAAAACGAGUCCAGUUCCAAGAAAGUUGAAGAGAAGCUAGAAGCCAUGCAGAAAACCAGUGAGUUGCAAUCCAAAGAACUUGAAAGGUUAAAAUGCCUUGUGCAACAGACAUGUGCAAAAUUGUCUAGACAAUGCCCUGAGGGUGAAAAUGUCUCAUCCCAAGGUCGUCUGAACACGUCGAUACAAGGCAUGCUGUCUCAACGUCGCAAAGCUUUAGGGUGGCCGCAAGGCAUUACCCCAACUUCACCGCCACGGGCAGUCAACCUAUUGGAACAAUGCAAAAGAGGUGGAACAACGGGCGAGCAAAUAGACAGUCUAGGGGCAACUAUCGACAUGUCCAACGAUCCAUCAUUUAGCUGUCAACAACAGUCAAGAGGAGAUCCGAAAUCUGAUUCUAGUCUCGUCUGCCAACUUGUCGACUCGUUGAAAAUGUCAGCACUUCCACCUCUCACCAUCACCAAGUUCGACGGAAAUCCACUGAACUAUCAGAUGUUUAAGUCGAAGUUCAUGACGUUGUACCACAACCGGUGCAGUGACAAUGGGAUUCGACUAGCACAUCUACAAGAGCUGCUUGCCACACAUGUUCUCAACUCAGUAGCUGAUUGUGUGCACGACCCAAGCAAAUACGAAGUGGUUUGGCAUCGACUCGAUCAAGAAUAUGGCCACACCACCAUCAUGGCUCAGACGCAUCUGAACAACCUUCUUCGGCUUCCAUCCGUGCAUCCAAACGACAGCGCCAGUUUGAAGACAUUCUCCAACAAGCUUCAUGGAGCAGUCUCCGCCCUGUCAAAUAGUGGGCUGGCGAGCGAGCUGGAAUCGCUGUGCAACCUCAUGCACGUCGUCACCAAACUGCCGAAGACCUUGAGGGAAAGAUGGGGAGGAAAGGUGAUGAAGAUGCAUCCUGCUGCGCCUUCAAUAGUCGACCUAGACGAUUGGUUAACUCUCCAGUCGAAGGGUUCGGACUUCGCAAAGCUUAUGGCCGGUCCUCCAACACUUCUACCACCACCAGUCGUGCCCAAGAAGAAUGGUAAGGGAUAUCCAACUCCCUAUGUCUCUACCAUCAAUCACGUCACCACCUCGACGCCUGAAACAAAUUUGCCGCAAGCAAAAGGAGGAGGUUUGCGGGUGAGCCCACCCAAUACAACCUCGUUUAGCCAAACAAGAGGCAACUCUACGUGCUUUGUUUGCAGAGGGGCGAUACACAAGAUCGAGGAGUGUAACGCAUUCAAGCAGAUGUCUCCAACGCAAAGGGGAGAGACAGUCUUCAAAGCAGGCAGGUGUCUCCGAUGCCUUACAGGAAAGCACACCAGCCGAGCUUGCAGAGUCAAAUCGAUUCGAUGUACGGUCGAAGAGUGCAAGUAUCUAGGACACUCGACGUUGCUUCAUGGUUCCGAGUUUUCCACAAGAAACAAUGCAAGCACCUCUAGUGACUACAAGACCACACCAGAAUCAACACCACCGCGUCGAGUAACGUUCGACAACAAAGUUGACGAGGCCUUCCUUGGUGCCGUAUCACGCACUGGGUUAAACUCACCACGGCAGGUGCUUUUCAAAAUUGUUCCUGUUCGCCUACAACAUGGAGAGAAGUUCUUCAAUACCUUUGGAUUUUUGGACAGCGGAAGCGAAUCCACCUUAAUCCGAAGUGAUGUAGCCAGAACCCAACUAGGUUUAGCCGGGCCGACCACGAAGAUUAAUGUGACCUCUUACGACGGGGGAGUUACUCCAGUAAACGUUCACAUCGUGGACUUCGUCAUCAGCUCGCGAGAUGGGUCGACUUCGUUCAAGGCAAGAAGAGCGUAUGCAGUAGACAACCUCCAAGUCGCUCGAAAUCCAACCUUCUCGAGCGCACAAGCCGAAGCAUUCCCACACCUGCAAGGUCUGAAGCUCCCAGAAGUCCAAUCCGACCAAGUUACGAUUCUAAUUGGCCUCGAUGUAGCAGACGCUCACGACCAUAGCGAAUCACGUAAACCGAUGGAAGGGUCGACUGGACCGGUAGCUUUUAAGACGCCCUUUGGAUGGUGCCUGGGAGGCAAAGUGGGCCCGCAAUGCGAACAGGAGCAAGCAAGCCGUUACGUAGCUCACAUCGCAUCGAAGGAAGAGGAAAGUAGCCUUUCCGAACUUGUCGAGCGUUUUUGGAGGCUGGAGGCGAAAGACGCUGUACAGCCUCCCCCAAUCAUGUCAGCAGACGAUCGUCGGGGAGAGGAAAUUCUGAAGAGGACCUCCAGAUAUGUCAAAAAUCACCAUCAAAUCGGUCUAAUGUGGAAGGUCGAUAAUCCAGAGUUACCCGACAACCGGAGUAUGGCGCUUAGCCGCCUUUUUCAAAUUGAACGUCGCUUCAAGAGAGACCCCAGCUACGCCAAACGUUAUGACGAUGUCAUACAAGAGUACAUCAACCUUGGCCAUGCUCGUCUCUUGUCUACUGAAGAAGCAAAACGGAGAACACCAAAGACAAAUUACAUGCCUUAUCAUGGUGUUCAGAGCUCAACGAGCUCGACGACAAAAACAAGAGUGGUCUUCGACGGUUCGGCGGAGUGUGAAGGCACUUCCUUGAAUAAAAAUCUUCUUCGUGGUCCAAACUAUCUCCUAAACUUGCUGGGAAUAAUCUUGCGCUUCCGCAAGCACAAAAUUCCUAUCAGCAGUGACAUCGAGAAGAUCUAUCAUCAGGUUUUGGUUCCAGAAGAGGAUCAAGAUUCCUUUCGAUUUUUGUACCGGUCACCAAACAGCGCGUUGCCACCGCUCACCUACAGGAUGACAGUCCACGUCUUUGGGGCCGUCUCGUCACCGUCAACUUGUUUGUUUGCUUUAAACAAAACAGCAGAAGACCACAAAACGAAAUUUCCAGAUGCAGCAGCCAGCGUAAAAACAAGCUUUUACGUCGACAAUUAUCUGGAUUCGUUCGAGUCGGAAGACGAGGCAAUCAAACGGGCCCGCCAGCUAAAAGAACUGUUGCAGCUGGGGGGUUUUAAUCUCACCAAGUGGUCAUCGUCGUCAAGAAAGGUCCUGGCAGCGCUUAAACACUUAGGCUUGGCCAAUCCAAAGCUGGAUUUAGACCUGGACAAAUUGCCCAUGGAUCGAGCACUAGGGAUUCUUUGGGACAGUGAAAUUGACGCGUUCACGUUCAAGGUGGGAGAAAGGGUCCAGUCACACGCCACACCUACGAAAAGAAAUUUCGUAAGUGUGGUAGCUACAGUAUACGAUCCGUUAGGAUUCGUUGCUCCAAUGGUGUUCGCUAUGAAAGUGAUAAUCCAGGAGGUAUGGCGAGCCAAGCUAGACUGGGAUGAAGAGCUGCCCGAAUCCUUGAAGUGCCAAUUUCAAAGGUGGCGUCAAGGUUUGUCUAACUUAACAAGCAUCACAGUUCCACGAUGCUUAGUAAAGGAAGAGCGCCCAACAACCCAGCAAGUGCACAUCUUCGCCGACGCCAGUCAACUAGGUUUCGGAGCAGUCGCAUACGCGAGAACAACGUACGCCAGUGAAAGGGUCGACGUGUCUUUCAUCAUGGCCAAAACGCACGUUGCACCGUUGAAGCAGCUUUCGAUCCCUCGGCUUGAACUCCAAGGAGCCGUCGAAGCGUUACACUUGGCCAUACUGAUUUGCCGUGAGAUGAACCUGGAUUUGAGCCAAAUCACGUUUCACGUCGACUCCCAGACCGUUCUUAGAUGGAUUCAUUCUGCCAAUGUCAAAUACGAAGUGUUUGUCGGCAAUAGAAUUGGGAAAAUUCUAAUGAACACCAAUUGUCGGCAAUGGCGUCACGUUCCAGGAACCAUGAACCCAGCAGACGUUUGUAGCAGAGGACUGAAUUCUGACAAUCUUCAAGAGCUCCAGCAGUUUCAUCAAGGGCCAGCCUUCCUAUUGCGGGAACCCCCUUCAUGGCCAAGGUGGGACCAGAUUGAUCAAGAUGACCAUCAAGAUCCCGAAGCCAUCCACGUCUACACAGUGAAAACGGAGCCGAGUGACAACGUGAUCGACCAGUGCGUAGAAUACUAUUCGAACAAAGUGCGCCUGGAACGAGUGCUUGCGUGGUGUGUGCGGUUUAUCGUAAACUGUUGUGCCAAAGUGAAAAGGUCGAAGCUAAUUUCAGGAGAGCUAACGCCGGUCGAAACUGAAACAACUCUGGCAAUGUGCAUUCGGCGUGCACAAGAAGUGGCAUACCCCGAAGAUGUGUUGUUCUUAAAAAAGGGGAAAGAACUGCCAAACCGGUCAAAACUCAAGCAGUUUCGACCAUUCAUCGAUGAACAACACCUGUUGCGUGUGGGCGUGCGAAUUGGACAAGCACCUGUUGACUAUGUCACAAGACAUCCAGUGACUUUACCUCCAGAGGAACGCAUCACAAGCUUGAUAGUCUGGGAUGCUCACGUUCGAAAUUACCACAUGAAGGCCGACCGCUUACUGUGCGAACUUCGAGCAAUGUAUUGGAUAACCGGACGAAGGGUGAUCAAGUCCAUACUCAACAAGUGUAUUCCUUGCAAGCGGAGAGAUGUACAGCCAAUCACACCACUCAUGGCUCAGCUACCCGUCCACCGCAUAACGCCUUUCUUGCCUCCAUUCGCCCAUACAGGAGUCGACUAUUUUGGUCCACUGACUGUCAAAGUAGGAGGGAGAGGGCGCUGGCAUGAAAAAAGAUGGAUUUGCCUUUUUACGUGCCUUACAACCCGAGCAGUGCAUUUAGAAGUGACUGCUAGCCUCAGUGCAGAGGCGUUUUUAAUGGCCUUCUCUCGAUUUUCCAGCAUACGGGGAAAGCCAGUCGUUGUGUAUAGCGACAACGGUACGAAUUUUGUAGCUGGAGAGAAGGAGCUGAACGAGGCAGUCGAGGAACUACGCAGCAACAAAGACUACCUGGAAUCACAAUUCACGUGUCGACACAUCGAGUGGCGCUUUUCCCCGCCGAGUGGACCUCAUUUUGGAGGAGUUUGGGAGAGGCUCGUGCAAUCGUACAAAAGAGCUAUGAAAGUGACCCUCGGGAGUAGUGUCGUCAGUGAUCAAGUCUUAAAUACUGUUGUGGCUGAAGUAGGGGCAUUACUCAAUGCAAGACCACUAAGUCAUCUCAGCGUAAACCCCGAAGAUCCUGACCCUCUCACUCCAAACCAUUUCCUGCACGCCAGACCAAUGCCGUACUUCCCGCUGGCGUAUGUCGAUCUUAAUAACACUGACAUCUCGAAAAGCCAGUUUCUACAUAGCCAACUUAUUGUCAACCACUAUUGGAAAAGAUGGAUCACCGAAUGUCUACCGUACCUCACCGAAAGGAAAAAAUGGGUCAAGAAUCACAAAAACAUCGAAGUGAAUGACAUUGUACUCGUUGUUUUUCCAUUAAACCCUCGGGGGCAGUGGCCAUUGGGAAAGGUAGUCGAAAUUUUACCUAACAUCACAGAGAUCGAAGAUCGAAAAAAGGAGUUGUCGGCCCAGCUAAAAAUCGCAAUCCACAGCUACGAGGACGAAGAAAAGGAGGCCUGGAAUCUCUUGACCUUUCGACCGUUAGAUUCCAGCACAGUGCAACAAACAAUAAGUGACAUAGUUUCUACUCGAAACAAGAAGAUUAAGUUGCUGUGUGAAGAGCUGAUGAAAAUUGGCUUCCCACGCUAUCGCCCGAAGCAAGAAUCGCCGCCAUCAACGCCCACUCUCUCGCCACCAACAGUCACUGCCCCGCUGUUCACCCCGUCGGUGCCGUGCUUUGUCGACCACCCAGGACCCGUAUUGCCCCAUAACGUCGACCAAUGUGAUAUCUUCAUCAGCAAAAUGACGGCCACUGAACGAGCACAAUUGAUUGCCCGGCGCUCGCUGUGCUUUCGGUGCUGGAAGAGAGGGGAUUUUGUCGGGGAACAGAAACAUUUCGGGGCCAGUUGCACCCACAUGCGACACUGCUCCCGCUGCAAUAGUCCAUCCCACCAUCAGCUGCUUUGCAAAGCAAACUUCGUCACUCGUCAAAGCAACCAAUAA